AUGCAUGCAGCAAGUGGGGCCACUAGUCUUGGGGGAAUUGUAAUUAUAGAGAAAACCCAAAUAAGUUGUCAGUACUUCUUAGCAGUACAAAAGCUUGUUGUGCUAGAACUUGGAAUGGUGUUGCUUCCUGUGGCAAAUCAUGGAGAAGCUUCUCAACUUAUGAUUCAGCUUGUCCGUGAACAAAGCAAGGAUCACAAGAGUAACCCCUUUCUCUGUAAACAGUGUUCUCGGCUGGCAGAGCCGUCGGUGGUUUAUGUGCAACAAAUUCAAGGAGUUGGGAAAACAAAAGCUCUGCUUUUACUGCAACAGUUUGGAAGCAUCCACCGGCUUUGCAAUGUAUCUGUCAAAGAGCUUGAGCUAGUAGUUGGACAAACAGCAGCACAACAAAUAUACACUUUUUUAUGUUCCUGA